AUGAGCUUCAAGACCAUCGCGGUGCUAAGAGCGUCGCUGUUGAUUGUGGUCGUGCUCCACUGGCUCGCGUGCAGCUGCCGCAUGGUGCUCACGCCCUGCUUCUCGCGGCGGUCGUCGUCGCCGACGUGCCUCGAGGACUACAUGAUCAUCGUCAAGGGCCGGGGCGUCACCGUGGAGUACUUCUCGGCGCUCCACUGGGCCAUGCGCGCGCUCACGGGCGACGCGGACGCGCCCAUUUUGGGGGUGAUGAUCUUAGCGGUGGUCGCGGGGCUGUUGGGUACCAUCGUCACGUCCUUCAUGAUCGGCGAGGUCGCGGCGAUCCUGGGCAACAGCGACCCGGCGUCCAUCGAGUACAAGAACACGGUCGACACGCUCAACGCGUUCGCCGCGGAGCGCAAGUUCCCGGCGGAGAUGCAGCGGAAGCUCCGCGAGUUCUUCGUCUCCGCGUCGUCCAUGUUCCGCAACGUCUACUACCGGAAGAUGCUCCUGAGCCUGAGCCCGGGGCUCCAGCAGACCAUCGCCAAGGAGGAGAUCGGCCGCUACAUCACGCGGAUCCCGUUUUUCCGGUAUUCGAUCUGCCGCACGCUGAACAUCAAGCGCGGCGCGCAGUGCAACGUGCUCCCGGACCGGAACAAGAAGGUCGUGCUCGUCCCGAAGCAGGAGGGCGAGGGCGCCGGCGAGCGGCGGUCGCAGCGCGCGUCGCUCGUGAACCAGACGUGGCGCCGCCGCGCGGCGCUCAACCGGAACAACGACGGCUCGCGCACGGGCCACGUCGUCCAGAGCGGCUACGACUGCAUGUCCUUCGACGUCGAGUACGACGACGACUUCCUGCCCGACUUCGAGUCCGGCGUCGACCACGAGCGCAUCGUCUGCGCCAAGGGCGUCGACGCGACGCGGUGCGUGUCCGAGGUGCAGAUGAUGGUCCGCGAGCUGAGCCUGCACAUGCAGUGCACGUCCUUCAUGUCCCACGAGACCAUCGUGCACCAGGGCAUCUCCUGGAACGACAUCUUGUACAUCAUGGUCGAGGGCGUCGCCGUCGUCUUCGACCAGCACGACCAGUCCAUCGCGUCCAAGGAGGUCAUCUCGCCCAAGGCGAACAACGUCAUCGGCAAGGACGUCUGCACGCUCCUCGUCGACGGCAAGAAGCGCAUCCGCGACUACAUGGCGCGCACGAUGACGCACUGCCUCGUCUACUCCAUGUCCGCGGACGAGUUCACGUACUUGUUGGACAGCGCGCACUACCAGAUCCUGCGGCGGGGCGUGCGCGCGUACGGCCACUGGAUGGUCAUGCGCGACUCCGUGCGCGCGGCGAUGAAGGCGGGCACGCUCGCGGACCUCGUCGAGGACAAGCGGCGCGGCGACUCGUCCGACUCGUCCGACUCGGAGAGCGACGGCGGCGGCCGGUGCGGCCGCGACGAGUCCGACGCGACGGACGUGUCGCCCGUGACGCCCUUCGGGGACCACUUCCCCGCCGACGGCGGCGACGCGCCCGUCCGGCCGCCGCCGUCCGCCGCGGGCGGCGCCGGCGCCGCGCCCAAGAAGCUCGAGCCCCUCGGCCGCGGCCAGGGCCACGCGAGGUCCAAGCGCCACCGGGACCGCGUGCGCAAGGACGUCCGCAGCCUCGGCGCGCGCGUCGGCGCGCUCGAGGCCGCCGUCCAGGCGCAGACGAGCAAGCUCGACAUGAUCCUCACGCACCUCAUCCGCGGCAGGCAGAAGCAGCCGAAUCGAGCCGGCAACUCCGCCGUCACCUCCUCACCGCGCGAGAUGGCCGCGUCGCCGCAGCCGAAUGACGACGACGCCGAGGUCCAGGCCCACGUCGCCGCGGCCCUCGACGACGGCCUCGGCGGGUCGGCGCUCCUGUCGCGGCUCCACGAGGCGAAACCGUCGCUGAACAUGGAGGCCAUGCAGGCGGCCUUGAAGACGGCCCAAAAGACGGAGGACGCGCGGCUCUUCGACCUCAUCGCCGAGAACUACCGCGACUUCUUCUCCCUCGCCCAGUCCCUCGACACGUCCGCCGAGGAGUGCGCGGAGUCGCGGUCCGCGCUGCUGGCCCUCCACGGCGAGGUGUCGAAGCAGGCGGGCCUGCGGGCCCACGAGCGCCGGGGCCUCGAGGACGAGCUGAAACGGCGGCGCGCGGACCGCCGCGACCGCCUCGAGCGCGCGGCCGUCGACCGCUUCGAGCGGCUGCUGUCCGAGCUCGAGGCGGACCUCGGCGCGGCGGACGUGGCCGUGGAGCGCUGCGCCCACGCGUCGCUGGCCCUGCGCGCCCAGCUCGACGGCGCCGUCGACUUCGUGCGCGACGGCGCGCUCGUCGGCCGGCUCCGCGCGUCGCGGCCGCGCGUCGAGGCGGCCGCAACGGCCGCGGCCGCGGCCGUCGAGGCGGCCUUCGUCGCGACCUGCGUCCGCGACGCGGGCGCGGCCGACGGCGCCGCGCGGCGCCGCGUGCUCCGCGCCGGCGGCGCCCUGGGCCUCGGCCCGCGGCUCGAGGCCAUCUUCGCGGAGCGCGCCCUGGCGGCGUUCCUCGCGGCGACGUUCACGCAGGGCCGCCUCGACGGCGUCGAGCGCGGCUCCUGCAGCGGCCUCGCGACGAUCUUCCGGGCGACGCUCGAGUUCGUCGCCGAGCGCGCGGGGCCGGCCCUCGCGGCCGCCGAGGCCGCGGCCGCGGGCGACGGCGCCGAGGCCGAAAAGACGGCGGCGGACGCGGCGAUCGCGGACUGGCGCCGCGGCGCCGGCGCCGCGGACCGGAGCCUCCACGGCGUCGAUUUGGUGUGCCACGGCGUCUGGGCGCCCGUCUGCGCCGCGCUCGGCGGCCUCGACGGCGUCUUCGACCUGGGCAACGCGGCGACGGCGCACCGGACGUACGCGGCGUCCGCGAAGUUCGCCGACGACCUCGCGGCGCUGGCCGCUUCGGGCGACCGCGCCCUGGCGCGGCGCGUGCGCAGGCGCCUCAAAGCGCACCCGGCGACGGCGACGCUCGAGGAGCGGUGGAAUUUGCCGGUGUACUUCGAAUUGGUCCGCGGCGACCUCGUCCGCGACCUCGACGACGCGCUCGCGGCGACCUACGUGCUCGUCGACGGGCCGCGGCGGGGGCCGCCGGAGGUGUCGGACCGCGUCGCGAGCGCGCUCGGCGUCGUCGCGCGGACGUGGGCGCCGGACGUCGUGCUCGCGCCCGUCGGCGACAAGUUCGCGGGGCUCGCCUUCGAGCUCGUGGGCCUCGUGGUCGGCGACGCGGCGCGGCGCCUCGGGGACGCGACGGCGGACUGGCCGCCGCGGCGCCUGGGCCAGCUCGCCUUCGACCUCGACGCGUUCGACGCCGCCGUCGGCGUCCGAUUGGCCGCGGGCUUCGAGGCGUCGCUGGACCUGGACCUGGCCACGGCGGACGCCGUCGCGGCGGGCGCGCGGGCGGCCCUGGCGCCGGGCCGGCGGCUCCGGGCGGCGGCGGCGGAGCGGCUCGAGGCGACGCUCGCGGCCGCGGCGGUCGACCGGCUCCGCGCGGUCAAGGGCGUGCCCGCGACGUACCACCUCACGGGCAAGCCGCCGCCCGGUGCGCCGAGCCGCUACGUGUCGGACGCGCUGGCGCCGGGCGCGGCCUUCGCCGGCGACUGGGGCGGCCACCUCGCGGACGCGCGCGCGCUCGCGGCCGCGGCCGCGGCCGCCGCCGCCGCGACGUACGAGGGGCUCGUCCUCGACGUCCUCGACCAGGCGGCCAGGUUCGAGGCGACCAUGGCGAAGCGCAACAAGCACGCCGACGUCGCCGGCGACGCGCUCAAGAUCGCCGCGCAGCUCGCGCUCGACGUCGACGCGUUCGCAGCCGGGAGCGGCCUCGACGCCGCGGCGACGUUCCCCCGCGCCAAGGCGGCCAUCGCCGCCGUCCUGGCCCCGAACUAA